AUCGAACUAAUGAAAGAAGAAAAAACGAAAUAACGCGAAAAAUGGCUGACAGAUUAUUAACUUCCAAUUCUGUCGACAUUUAGUGUGUGUAUAUAUGAAAAACUGUUAAAUUUUUUGUUGAUUUCAUGGUAUAUAGAUUCGUUUUGCAAUUUCAAAGUGUAAUUAAUUUUAGUACAAAUCAAGAAAUUUUCGUUUGGUGCAAAUGUAAGCUGAUAAAUCGGCCGAUCUGAAAGGCAAAUGUGAGGAAUGCAAUACAAAUUGGAAUUCGGAGCCCAUAUCGAAAGUGUGUAUGGCGAAUCAUCGGUGUUUCUUAUGAAAAGCUAAACAAAUUUUAUUUUUCUUCGCAAAUUGAGAGACUCCAACCGACGGCAAUAUAGUUGUAUAUAUAUUAUAUAUAUAUAUCACUGUUUGUGUGUUUGUGUAAACUAAUACGAAAAUCAAAUGUUUGUGUGCAAAAUAAAAAAAUAACGAAAAAGAAGAAGAAUGGUGAUGAUGAAGUAAAACGAAACAGAGGCAUAAUCAACUCACAUGGAUAUACAAAUUUAGAAAGAGAGAACGACGCAUAGCAAGCUAUAUAUUUUCGGGUUAGUUUGUGUACGUGUUGUAUAUGAGAAUAUAUGAGAAUGUUGCUGCAACAAGCCAUACAAAUAGGCUAACAGUGACCGUAUAAAAGCAACAACAAUAACACUAUAGCAAAAGCAUUGAUUGAAAGUUUUCUUCUUGUCUCUUCUUUAGUUUUAUAUAGUAUGUAUAUUUUUUAAUUUUAUUUUGUGCUCGAUUUCAUUCCGUUUGCGCUUGUUCGUCGCCACCGCGAGUUUACCAAUAGAAAAAAAAAUUUAAAUGUCUGUUCUCUAUAUGAUGCAUUUUUGUAUAAAUUGAAUAAUAAUCGAACCGAAGAAAUGUGCAUAAUUUAUAAAGUUGCGUGUUAAUUUUUUUUUUCCUGUAGCGAAUGCAAAUCGAAACUCGAAACAAAUAUAAAAUCGAGUCGAAAACAAACGAAAAAAAAAAAACAACAACCAAGUGAACAGAAGGGGAGAACCACAAAGUUUUCAUGAAUGUCUGGAUAAAGUAUAAACACACCGAAAAUGUUAUACAAUCACAUUGCACCAGAGCCGAGGCCAUUAAAACGGCCUCGAUUUGGUGUGCCGGACGUUUAUCCACAAGAGCCAAAACAACGUGAGGAUGAACUGAAUCCGAGCAACGUGAAAAAUGGAUUUCAAGCUCUACAACAAAUUACCGAAGAAUUCGGAACAGCGCGCAACAGUAACAUCUCGUUGCAGCGACUCAAUAUGUUCUGCAUUUCGGUCAAUUCUAAACGUAAUGAAUUGAAUACGUUACCGGAUAAUGGCCGAAAGAAACAACCGAUCAAUGUAAAGGAUAAUUUUUGGCCUGCGGUAACAGGCCGUAGCAAGGGAUUGCUUGAUACGUGGUUUCGUGAUUUAGCCGGCACCAAACCAUUGCAAAAUCUCGCUAAAAAGGCACCAUCAUUCAAUAAAAAAGAGGAGAUAUUCACCUAUUUAUGUGAUCAUCAAGUGAGCAUGAAAAAGGCGAUGUGGUUUUUAAAAUUAAGUGCCGCAUACACAACCACAGUGACUGAACAAAAAAUCAAAAAACGCCAAAUGCCUGAUCCAAGCAUCGAAUGGACCGCAACCGUGAUACGAGUCAUGAAAGAUUUGUCACAAAAACUCGUUGAACAUUAUACAUUAGAGAAAAAUCCAAAAGUGAUAAAUACACAACAAGCGGCAAUCACAUGCGGAACAUUAAACAAUGUAAAAUGCAAUCGAUGCUCAAUUGAUAAACAAUUAACGCCAAUUAAGUGUACAAAAGACAAAAGUGCGAUGAUUAAUAAAGAUAAAUCACUAGCGGCCGACGGCAAACCCACAGCAAAAGCGAAGAGUUUACGUGAAAAAGUGCUGAAUAGAUCCUUAAUGAAAGACAUUCGAUUUCGCGAAUUGAAAUUAACGAAGCGAAAAGCAUCAAUGCUUGGUCCACCGCCAGCAAAACGGGCAAAGCACACAUUGCGAGUGGCGAGAAUGAAAGCGGCAUCACGAAUCAAACGUGAAUCCACACUUGUGCAACAAUCACAGCAACCGGGUACAAGCGAUGGUAAUCCGAAUCCAGAUCUGGCAACUAACCCAUCUGAUAUUUCUGGAGUGGCUGCUAAGGCGGGUGCUGAUGAUGUCAACAAUGUUGAUGCUAAAGAUCGUAGUGUAUCGAAAUUGGUGCGUAAACGAUUAGCAAUGAAAAAACGACAUGGAUUGCCUUCAAUUAGUCAAAUAAUUGCUGAUUUACUUGCGAAACGUGCCAAAAAUCGAGCCAAGCAACGACUCAACGAAAAAUCAGCGGAAAUCGCCAAUCAAUCGACAAAUUCGGAAGAGGCCGAUGGAAAAAAUGGCACAAAUCAAACAUCAACAAGUCCAUCGAUGAGUACAGGCAGUUGUUCAACGACAAAUACCGCUUCGAUCGUAAAUCGCUCCAAUCAAUCGUCUUCGAAAACAACAUUGAGCGGAAAAUCAAAUGCCAAUCAACCAUUUCAAUCACAACAACACACAAGUGUUGAAUCACCAACGACAAGUACAACAGGUUUUUCCAAUUUUUCAUCAAGUGGCCGUGAAACGCCGAGUGUAAGUGCGACGAGUGCGAGCAGUAGCAAUAGUAGCACCAGCAGUAGUAGCAGUAGUUCAAGUAAUCACACGUUCAUCACACCGGCCGUACCAACAACGCCGGGCAAUUCAAAUCCUGUCAUUGAUGAUUUGCCCACAACACUUCGACACUGGAAAUAUUGUACGCGUUUAUGUCGGGCAAUGUGCGAAGAGAGCCUUUUGGAUCGUCAUGAAUUCUUGCAAUGGGCUCUUGAACUUCUUGAUCGCAUGCGAAAUAAGAGCAGCGAUGAUGGAUUCUUAAAACUAUUUUUACCAUUCAUUUUACAAUGUUUACCAUACAUUGUAGAAUCAGAGCGAUUGUCACGACGUCUAGCCUAUUUAGUUUGUAAAAAGAUUGGUUUUAUGCUGCACUACGUUACCGAAGAGGAUGCAAUUGCUGUUAAUGUGAAAAAAUUACCGCCACCACAAUCGUCUUCAACCUCCUGUUGUGAUACAAACAUAACAAAUCGGCUUGAGCCAGGACUGAAAAUAAAACAAGAACCCGAAAUUCGAGCACCACUUUCAACACGUUCGGCAAGCACACGAUAUAAGAAAUUCAAAAUGGAUCCCACAACACCACCACCACUAUCGGCACCACCAUCACCUAGCACUGCCUCCAUUGAUAGCCCCGAAGAUGUACUAUCAACGAAAAGUCUACUCGGCUCAAAUUAUUUACCAACACGACCAAAUACAAAUCAAGAUCGGAAAAGUAUCGGUGCUCGCCCAUAUUCAUCGACAUCGCCUGCAUCGAAACCACUAAGCUCAUCUCAAACACCACCACAAGUUUCACCUCCAACCGCAUCACCGCCCUCAGUUUCAUCAAAUACCACAUCGAUCAUGCCAAUCGGAAUAAAUGCUACACAGCCCGUUACUCAAACCAUUUCAACAAAAAGCCAAUCACUUGGCAUGAUAAAGCAUCGACAAAGACCAUCCAUUCAAUUUAUGGAGACAAUGUUGCGUGACUUUUUAUUAUGUGAACAUCAUCGACCUGUUAUUAUGGAAUUGAGCGCAAUGAUUCAGGCGAUAACACUAAGAUGUCCCGGUGCAUUGGUCUGGUGUGGACUAUCGGGGAAAGAACGUGACUCAAUAACACCAUUGGCCGGCGGCCCUUUGGAAUAUAUGCCAGUUUUACCAUCACAGUUACCAAUGCCAUCGAACAAUCGACGUCACAAUGAUUUAAUACGAAAACGUUUACGUGAAGUCGAACAACAAAUCGUUGAACGCUCAAAACAUUCCGAAAAACGUUGGGUAGCCGAUAAAUGGUUGCGCCGAACAAUCGAUGGACAAAUUAAUGAGGUCAUUCUAAGCACACUAAGCAUAUUGGAUGCACAUUGUUUCGAUCGGCUCGAUGGAAAUAAUAAUAAUUUAAUGUCACUCUACACAAAACUCUUUCAAUCCGCUGACAAAGUGAUGAAACAGGAGACUUUUGUAAAUGGCAAAAUUAAGGAAACUCGCAUCACAUACAUGUCUCGAAUCGAUGAACCGAUUGUAAAGGUGUUAUGUGAAUGGGCCGUUUCGCAUCAACGCUUUGGUGAACAUCGUGCAAUGAUCGUUGCAUGGCUAUUGGAAAAACGACAAUCCGAUAUAACGGCCGUCGAUUCGCUUAGCCCAGCCGAUGAUGCUGAUUCAAAUGAUUCCGUUGGCUUUUACAAUGGGCUACCGAUUUUUCAACGCAAUUUAAUGGCAUUUUUAGAUCAUGAUGCACCGGUUAUCGAAGAGGAUUGCACCGAUCAAAGUAGAAUUCAAUUUACAAAUUUGGUACAUUUAUUUUGUGAAUUAAUUCGACACGAUGUAUUUUCACAUGACGCCUACAUGUGUACGCUCAUAUCACGCGGUGAAUUAUUAACACUGCCCGUACAUUCGAAUGAUAUGGCAAAUACACCAACGGUUAAUUCAAACGCAAUGGCUGUACCACCCCCAACAAUUGCAACAUUGCCACCCACAACACCCGCUUCACGUGUCGGCGACGAUAUUCUACCGCCCAUGGAAUUCAAGCCGAAAAUCGAAGAACUAGACGAUAGCAAUGUCGAUGAUGACUUAGAUAAGAUUUUACAGAAUAUAAAAAACGAUCAACAAGACUUAAUGGAUAAUACGGAUAGCCCAAAAAUAGAAUCAAGCACAAGUAACGAUACCAAAUCAGAUAUUGCCGAUGAAGAUGACGACGAACAACCGAAAAUUUCGAGACAUUAUCUGUACACCACACAUUUUCCAUUGUAUCAAGGCGAUACAAUAUCACAACAUGACUGCAAUCAACGGUAUAUUUUACUGUUCGGCGUGGGAAAAGAACGAGAUGAAAAGAAGCAUGCCGUUAAAAAGAUGGCCAAAGAGAUUAGCAAAUUGUACUCGAAGAAAUUCAGCAUGGAUAUAAAUGAGGGCGGUAAAGUGAAGAAGCAACCAAGAACCGAAUGCAAUCUUGAAGCAACAAUGACACGUUUUCAAUCGAUGACAUAUUUCGAUCAACAUAUGGUAACAUGGCAAUGUUCGGCAACAAUUCUCGAAAUGCUAAGCAGUUUUGCGAGUGCAUCGUAUAAUUAUUUGCCAGUACAAGAGCAUGUUGCAUAUUUAUUUGAUUUAAUGGAAGCCUGUAACAAUAUCUAUGGUUUAAUCGAUUUGUGUAUAUCGAUCAUGAAAAAACUGCCUCAAGUUGAAUCUCAGCUCAUGCAAAUGAAUUCGAGCUUUCUGAAAACGUAUACGACAUCGUUGAGCUUGUAUGUGGUGGGUGUGCUACGACGAUACCAUCGAUGCCUUUUAUUAUCUUAUGAACAAGUACUGCCAAUUUUCGAGGGAUUAUGUCGUACAGUUAAGCAUGUAACAAAUCCAAGUGAAUGCACAUCAUCUGAACGUUGUAUUUUAAUUUAUUUACUUGAUUUGUAUUCAUCGUGUUCAUUACUCAAAUCAAAACCGCCGGCAAGUGAAACAUUCUUCAACAUUUAUGCCAAAGUAAAACAAUUGGUUGCGGAUCCCGGUAAACCAAUUCCAGCCGAAUGUUUUGAUUAUCGAGAGGGAUUCUUUAGUGAAAUACUUAAAAAUCCACCGCGAGGUGGAAAAAUCGAUCCAAGCUGGGGCCGAAUAAUAAACGAAAGUUUCGAAAAUCGAUAUAGUUUUGUGUGCAAUGCAUUGAUUCGUGUAAGCCUUGAAACGGACAAUGAUCGAUUGAAUGACAUUUCGAUAAUGUGCGCCGAAGUCACAGCCCAUUGUAAUUCGCUCAGUUUGGAAUGGAUUGGUGCAUUCAUCGCAUUGUGUGGUUCUAGCAAUGAAGGUUACUAUGCACACAUACCACUUAAGAUAGACAUACAAAAAGUUGCCAUUCAUAAUUCGUUGGCGGUAUUUGUUUCGAUUUUAGUCGCUCGUCGUUGUUUUACACUAGAAAAAUUAAUAUUUUACGUAUUGCCGGCGUUGGUGAAUUGUAAGGGUCGUGAAAUAUCGGCCGGAGCCGAGGCCGGUGCUCGUUUGACAUGUCAUUUAUUGUUUCGACUGUGCAAAUCUGUUGAAUUGCCCAUACCAUCAUUAUAUGGAAUGCCUGUGAUAGAAUGCCCAAUAAAAAUUCCCGGACCUCAAUUAAGCAUGAAAUUCAGUUGUGAUCGUCAUUUUUUGGCUGCGGCUCAUAAGAAUUUGGCGGCUGGACCAGUUUUGGCCGUUUUAAAAGGCAUUUUAGUGGUUGGAGAUGCAAUGAAUCCGGAAAAUCAAAAACAACCAACAUCCAACAAACGUGGUAAUAGAAAUUCAAGUGCAAACACCACACCGUCUGCAAGUCAAUCUUCAAUCCAACCAGCGACAAAAACGGGUUCAAUUGAUAUUAGUCACAUACUUGGCACCAGCGAAUUAGGUACAAAUGCCAAUGACGAAGAUGUUUCCAUGCAAGAUACAACUCAAGAAACACCAAUUUCUUUAUCCGAAUUUGCCGAUUAUGUGCUAAAACAAAUUGCACACCAAGAAUGGGUGUUGGAACGAAUUUUACAAAAUGCCGAUAAUUUAUGCGAAUAUAUAUUUGAUCGUGAGUUAAAUACGAAGCAACCUCAGAGGUUGCUACAAUUAAUAUGCUUCCCAGACAAUGAGGCAUCGGAACUCCAUGCGAUGGAUCAAAGCACAGCGAUUCAACGAUUCUUUCAAAUUUUGGACCGAUGGAAUAUGCCAAUUCUAAGCAUAAAUCUCCAACUAAUGCACAAACAAUCCAGUAAUACUGUGUCCGAAACCAAUAAAUAUUUGGAUGCUGUUGCUCGAUCAGCUGUUGAAAUUUACUACACACCAAAACAAAAGAAACCAAAAAAACCUACAAAGAAACCAAAACUCGACGAAUUGAAACCGCUGAAAAAUGAACGGCCAAAAGCUCCCGAACAUGGUCCAGGGAUAUGGUGUGUGAUUCCACUGCUUUCAAAAUUGCCGGGUAGUGUACAGGCGCGAAUUAUCAAAGUGGCCGGUCAGCUUAUGGAAAAAAUGAACUUUUUCAACGUUUAUCGACACGUUGAAGAGGAAGAGGAUAGCGAUGAAGACAGUGAUGACGAACAGGACGAAGAAGAUAGCGACGAAGAUGAUGAAAAUGAUAAUAAAAGCAGUGAGAACAAAGACGAGCAGCAGGGUGAUGACAGUGAAGAUGAAUAUUUCUACCCACAACCGGCCAAAUUGGCUUACAGAGAAUUCUUUAAUUUGCUCUUGAAUUGUUUGAAAGGGCACGAAGAUCAGCGUGAUAUUCUAUUGUCUUCGCUGCACAAGCAAUUGGUGCAUUUUGUUCGAUGUGCUCAAGAUGGAAGCAAAAUGUUUGACAUCAAUUAUUUUGCACAUCCGGAAGCAAAACCAGAAAUGAUUGAAGCAUUAGAUUUGCGUUUGUCACUGGUCGGAACCUUGUUCGAUGGCAUUUACCGUAACCUAACGAUAACAACAGAUUGGUCGGUUCUUUUGGCACAACUCAUGUGCAACGGAGUUAUCGACUAUCAAACGAACAAAACACUCUACGGUACGGUCUAUGACAUGUUGACAACGAUAAUUCAUGCAUCGUUGGCCCAUGAUCCAUACGAACGAGACGAAAAUAAGAAGCAUUUUAUGAAUUUAGUGAGAAAAGUGCGUAAAGAAAUUGGAGAAAAAGCGUCACGAACAAAACAAAGUGUGCGUCAAUUGUUGCCAAUCGUUCGAAUGCCACGUCAUAUAAUUGCGGUUGAAUCAAAUGAGAAAAGUCAAUAUCCAGGUAUCGAUUUAAUUGAUCGAGUGCCCGGCUUGCGUGCAACGGAAAAGCAAAAAGUAAACACAUGGGAUUUGAUUGAAGGAAAUAGUAAAAAUCCGGCGCCUUUGUCAUGGGCUUGGUUUGGUGCAGUCAAAAUGGAACGACGCCCAUUAAAAUACGAAAGAGGUUAUGAUCUUCUGAAAUACCAUACGCACAAUCUAGCCAAACCAAGAACAUUCUUCUACGAACCAUUGGUAAUAUCGGUAAAAGAACCACCGUCAACCUUACCAACCGAUGAUUCAAAUCUUGUGAUGAACAUGAACAAUAUGCCAAGCACCUCAAUGGCUUCAAUGCCAAUGGAUAUUCCGAAAAUUGAUACUCCCACAUCGAUUGAGCAAACACCAAUUAUUCCGAUUGUCCAGGCGCCACCGCUGCAAGUGAUGCCACAGCCGCAGGGAAAACGUCAAACCAAAAAACAAUCAAAAGCCGCAGCUGCUGCGGCCGCUGCCGAAGCAGCCGCACAACUCCAGGCACAACAACAAAUGCAAAAUCAGCAAACCGAACAAAUGCAACAGUUUAUUCAGCAAAAUCAACAACAAAGUGGUUUUCCAAUUCAGGCAAAGGGCAAUAUGAACCAAGUUGUGCCGGGUGUUCCAACUGGUAACAAUAACAAUCCUGGCAAUCCGAUGGCCAACCAGCAACAAAAUACACAGCAACAAUUCGCAUUUUUGAUGCAACAACAACAGCAAGCGCAACAGCAGCAGCAGCAACAACAACAACAACAACAACAACAACAACAGCAACAACAGCAAGUUCAACAGCAGCAACAGCCACAACAGCAAUCAUCACAACAACCGAAUCAAAAUCAAAUUAUCAACCCGGCCAUACAACAACAGCUCCAACAAAGCAUGAAUCAACCACAAAAUCAACAACAGCCUAAUCAAAUGGCCAUGGUAAAUCAAAUGGGAGGCCAAAUGAACAAUCAAAUGAGCCAGAUGAACAAUAAUGCUCAAAUGAAUUCACAAAAUUUAAACCAAAUUCAAAUGAACAUGCAGAAUCAAUUAAAUCCGCAAAUGCAAGCCAAUCAACAACAAUUUCAACAAAUACAAGCAAGUCAACAGCAACAACAGAUGCAGCAAAUUCAAAGCAGCACAUCGAACGUUGUUGGACAAACGGGCAAUAUACGAAAUCCAACGGUUGCUGGCAAUGUGAAUGGUUCAAUGAUAAACCAGGCAAAUUUGCAACAGAACAUGAACGCCGGCGGAAUGCCAUUCAAUUCUGGAAAUAUGCAAUCAAUGAUAAAUAGCGGUGGUGUGAUGGCACAACAGCAGCAGCAACAACAACAACAGCAAGUACCCCAAGCAGUCAAUCCACAACCGCAAUCACAGCCAAAUGUGCAACAACUAAGUCAAGCUCAGGCACAGGCUCAGGCACAGGCUCAGGCUCAAAGACAACAGCAGCUCAGUCAGCUGGUGCAACAACAGCAACAACAACAGCAACAGCAACAAAUGGAGUCGAGCAUCAAACAAAAUCAACCAAAUAGUUCAAUCCAAAACAAUCCAAUGCAGAAUAAUCCGAUGCAGAAUCAAGCACAGAAUAUAAACCAAACACAAGGCAUAUCUACACAUGGUCAACAAAUAGCUGGGCCACAACAACAGCAACAACAACAAUGGAAUUUCAAUCAAAUGCAACAACAGCAGCAACCACAACAACAAGCUACAUCAAGUCAAAAUCAAACGGCAACUACAUCACAAUCGCAACAAUUCUUCAAUCAAAGUGGAAUGAAUCGGUUCGAACGACCACAAGUAAAUAAUCAAUCGAAACAAGCAUUGUCGAUGAUGUUACGGCAACGGCAUCCAUCUUCGUUCAUGAAUGCUGCCAGCAAUCCACAGCAGGCGGCCAAUAUGAGCGGCGGUUUACCAUUCAAUAUUCAACAACAGCGUCAACAGAUCAUGAGAUCGGCAGCCAUGAGAAAUGUUAAUCCAGCGCAAAUGCAAGCCGCAGCUGCAUCAAAUCAAAUCAAUAACAUUGGAAAUCCAAUGAUGAGCGGCGGCGGAAUGGUUCAACAGCGACAGCAACAAGCCAAUCAAAUCAAUAUGCAAGGACCGAUGCAUGGCCAAGGAAAUCAACCGUCACAAACACAACAGGCCGCUAUGAUGCCAGGUGGUAACAUGAUGGCCAACGCAAACGCGGCGAAUUUGCCAUCAACAUCGGCCAAUUCAAUGAUGAAUCAAUCGGUGGGUGGAUUGGCUCAACAAAAUACCGCCACAAUGGGAAUGGGUCCAAAUCAAACGUUGGCGCAACGACAACAAAACCAAAAUCCAAAUCAAAUGAUGAUGAACCAAGGAAUGGGUGCCGGCAAUAUAAAUGCGCUACAACAAAUGAAACAGAAUCAACAGCAAAUCGGCGGCAAUAAUAUGUUUGCCGGUGCUGGUGCGAUGGCACAACAAAGACAGCAACAGAAUCAACAACAAAGUCAAAAUCAAAUGCUAAAUCCAUCAAUGCAACAAACGCUUCAACAAAGCUUAAACCAAUCGCAAGGUCAACAACAGCAAACGACUCAAGGAAAUGUAAAUAUGAAUAAUUUGCAUCAAAUGACCGCCGCACAACGUGCCGAACUGAUGGCUCAGCAACGAGCUAGAAGUAUGGGACAAUUUCCACCAAAUAUGGGUAUGAAUCAAACACCUCAAGGUCCCGCACCACCCUAUCGAAAUCCAAAUAUGAAUGCUGCCAACAAUAUGAAUGCAGGCAAUCCAAACAUGAAUAUGAGUGGCAUGGGACCAGGCGGAAAACCGUUGACCAGCCUACAACAAACCCAAGCGCAAUUGCAACAACAGCAACGAUUCAGACAACAAAUGCUCUUGCAACAGCAGCAACAGCAACAGCAGCAGCAACAGCAACAGCAACAACAACAACAGCAACAAGGUAUGAUGGGAGGAAAUUUCAAUCAACAACCUCAACAACAACAGCAGCCACAGCAAACGCAAGGAUUGGGAAUGCAAACGCCUGCGCUGCUUGCACAGCUACAGAGACAACAAAGUAGCCAAUAUUCACAUCAAUCACAACAAUAUUGACAAGGUGUUUAAAGGUAGAUAAGUCGUAUGUAAAUAUUCAUUUGAACGACGUCGUCACAGGAAAUAAAUAAUGGUGUGUAAAUGAUAACAGGCAAAAAUAUGACAAACAAAAAACGAGAGAAACAAUUUUCGAAAUGUGUACUAAAAUUGGAUCGAAAUAGAUAAAAAAAAAUAUUUGUAAAUAUUAUUCAAUGCGAUUUAAAAAGAAAAUGGUCAAGGGACAAUUAUAUAUAUAUAUAUGAAGUGAGGCAAACACAUAUCCCAAAACUAUUUGUAAAUGCUAAUCAAUACAUAAUAUGACUCAAAGGCAAACCAGCACCCCAAAUAGAGAUCAUAUGCACACUCACACACACAUGGACAAGUAAAGAGUAUUUUUAAUUUUUAAGCAUGCGAUUUUAUCACGGGCAACCAAGAAAAACACACAAGAGGAAAGAUUUUCUUUCUGUUGUUGUUGUUCAACGAAAUAAGAUUGAAUAUUUCGUCCAAUUUAUUUAUAUUUCUGCGUUUUAACAUCAUCUGUAAAUUAAUAGGUCGAAUUUGAGUUAAUUUAUAUUUAGCGGAAUCAUGUACACAUACAACACUCACACAUUAACACAUAACAUUAAAGAAAUGUUAAAUGAUAGAUUCCGACAGCGAAUUGAAAUUGAUCAACGUACUUCAAACCACUAAUUAAACAUGUACAUCCCUCAUAUAUUGUAGUAUAUAUUUAAAAAAAAUAAUACGUAUAGGCUAACAUUUUGUUAUGAAAUGAACUUUUUCGUUAAUUUUCACAAUUUAAAUUAUUAUGAACAACAUAAAUGCAUCCACAUACAAACUAAUUGGUUCAUUUAAAUCGUAGCAUAAAUCGUAGCAACACAAACACAUUUACACAUAAUUAGUAGAAAAAACGAGAAAUCAUCUAUGUAAAAUAAAAGAAAUACACACAAUGCACAUUUGAUUUAUACACCCACAAUUUUAGAUUAUGUAUAAAUAAACGAAAUUGAAGUACAUUUUAAGCAUAGAGAAUAUUAUAAAAGUGCAUGAGAGAACUUAAAUAAAAGAAAAAAAAAGAAAAACAAAAACAACAACAACAACAGCAAAGCAUUAGAAAUUAGAAAUCGCAAGACAACCCUAAUCUAAAUUUUUUUAGUUGAAUAUAUAGAACUAUGUUUAUUAUGAUUUGUAAUAUGUACGUUUUUCCUAUGUAUUGAAUCCUUGAAUAAUAUCAUCUCAUUUGAUUUAUAUUUUUUUCAUGGUAUUAUUUGCGUGGAUAGAAAGAAAAUGAAAUUCAGGAUUACAUACACACACACACACACAAAAUAUAUAAUUCGUUCAAUGAACGGAGCAAUAAAAUAAUAUUUAUACAAAUAUUUGAAUAGUUAUUCUAAGAAUGUAAACAAUGGCAAGCGUGAGAUAUUUAGACGAACACUCUCUUCUUCAAAAUGAGAUGAACGCGUAUUCUUACCUUUUUUGUAAUUUACUUUGAUUCAUACACGCAUAUUAAUUAAUUUAGUUUAAUUCGAUUUCCCAACUGCUAAACAGAACAAACGAUCAAAGAAUUGUACGUGCGAUUCGACGACAUUUUGACUCACUAGAUAUUUGUAAUUAGCGAAAAAAAGCUACAAUAUUAAUAGCAUAAGAAAGUGGUUUAUAUAUAGACAAAAUUAAUUAUGAUGAUGACUAAUGAAAAAUGGACAAUUUGUAAUAAAAAUGGAAUCAAUUUUA